AUGCAGGAUACCAAGGUCCAUGCAGGUCGUGGCCUUGUGAAGCGCUCGCGUCACUACUAUCAAGCGCACCACCAGGCAUUGUCCUCGAAGAAUGACAAAGAACAAGCGUCUAUCAAACUUGGACAGGCUACUUACUAUGUUCCCGGCGUCGGCUCGUGCGGUAAAAACAGUACAAAAUCUGAUAUGAUCGUCGCAGUGUCCCAUUCUUUGUACGACCAAAAAGCAGCAAAGAACCCGAAUGAAAACCCACUAUGUGGUAAGACUAUUCAAGCGUCCUACAAUGGCAAGUCCAUCAAUGUGACGGUGGUAGACCGCUGCGUGGGCUGCCAGGAGAACGACUUGGACUUGUCUCCAGCUGCGUUUGCAGAGCUGGCACCUACGAAAGCAGGUCGUCUCCAUGGAAUCAAAUGGUCCUAUGUUGAUUAA